AAAGCAGCAUUGAAUUAUUACCCAAUGAGUUGAAAUCAAGGCCCGAGCAAUCGCCACGUGAAUUAUAUUGGGAAACGCAACAUUUAAUGCUUGCAAGAUAAGAGUAUUUGUUAGCAACAGCAAAAGCAAAAUUUAGUGGGAGAAAGGAACAGAGCAUGUGGAAGAGUGUGUAAUAGGGCUUAGUAUUUGAGUUUGAUUUGGGGGAAGAAGAUUGUUAUUGGAGUAGUAAAAUUGAAGCCAUGAAUGGAGUUGAGGAGGAUGUGUUAGGUGAACUGAGAACAACAUUCAGGAGUGGAAGAACCAGAAGUGUUGCAUGGAGGAAAGCACAGCUUCAAGCAAUUCUCAAACUCCUUGAUGAAAAUGAAGAGGAGAUCUUUGAAGCACUUAAACAGGAUCUCGGAAAGCACCCCGUUGAAUCUUAUCGUGAUGAAGUUGGUGUGGUGAGGAAAUCAGCUACCAAUGCUUUGCGCUGUGUUGAGAAGUGGAUGGCCCCUCAAAAGGCCCCAAUACCAUUAGUUCUCUUUCCUGCAAGAGGAGCAGUAGUAUCAGAGCCACUGGGAGUAGUGCUAUUAUUUGUGUCCUGGAAUUUUCCCAUCUCCCUAACUUUAGACCCAGCGAUUGGAGCAAUUUCAGCUGGUAACACAAUUGUCCUCAAACCUUCAGAGCUAGCACCAAAAUGCUCCUCCGUUCUGGCCAAUACAAUACCUCGUUACUUGGAUCCAGAAGCUAUUAAAGUUGUUGAAGGUGGACAAGAUGUAUCAGAACAACUACUGCAGCUAAAAUGGGAUAAGAUAUUUUUUACAGGUAGUCCACGAGUUGGCCGCCUCAUAAUGUCAGCAGCUGCGAAGCACUUAACACCUGUGACUCUAGAGCUUGGUGGAAAAUGUCCUACCAUCUUGGACACGCUAUCUAGUUCCUAUGAUUUACAGGUGGCUGUCAAGAGGAUAGCGGGGGGCAAGUGGGGACCAUGCAAUGGACAAGCAUGCAUAGGAAUCGAUUAUGUGCUCGUGGAAACACAAUUUGCUCCGGUUCUGAUUGAACUAUUGGAGAAAAUCAUCAAGACAUUUUAUGGUGAAAACUUGAAAACUUUGGGAAAUCUUGCCAGAAUAGUGAACAAGCACCACUUUGAUAGAGUACACAAUCUUCUGAAAGAUCCAAAAGUUGCAGCAUCUGUUGUUUAUGGAGGCUCAGUAGAUGAGGAAAAUAUGGUCAUUGAACCAACAAUCUUGUUGAAUCCUCCACUUGAUGCUGAUAUCAUGACCGAAGAAAUAUUUGGCCCAUUGCUUCCAAUCAUCACACUAAACAAUAUCGAAGAAAGCAUUCAGUUCAUAAACUCAAGGCCAAAACCUCUUGCAAUAUAUGCAUUUACCAAGAAUGAUUCGUUGAAGGAGAAAAUCUUGCAGGAAACAUCUUCCGGAAGUCUGACUUUUAAUGAUGCUAUGAUUCAGUUUAUAUGUGAUACAUUACCAUUUGGAGGCGUUGGUCAGAGUGGCUAUGGACGUUACCAUGGGAAGUUCUCUUUUGACACAUUCAGUCAUGAAAAAGCAGUUCUACAUAGGAGCUUAUUAAUUGAGUUGGAAUCAAGGUAUCCUCCAUGGAAUAAUUUCAAGUUGGAGUUUGUCAGAUUGGCUUAUGACUAUGACUAUCUUGGGCUUAUACUGCUCUUGCUGGGGUUGAGAGGAAUAUUCAGAACAAACAGAAGGCAGUAGAAGAUGAACUCUUCUCACUCAAAUAAAGGUUAAUCCAUCAUACAAAAGUGUCUUACCAAUUAUUAAGACAACUUAAUGUUGUCACUGCUCUCUCCAGUGAGAGUGCGAAACUAAUUAAGAAUUAUUAUUUAUAUCCAGAAAUCAAUUGAAGUUGUCUUAUUUGUUUCUAUAUUACAAACAAAAUAAAUGAAUAUUCAUGAAAAUGAUCGUUCUACAGAAUUGAGUAACUUGUAAA